AUGUCUGGUAUAGUGGCCAUUUGGUAUGCGAAGUUAGAAGAUUUUGUCAACCAAAAUUGGGAGAUGAUGGCCGAGGCCUUUAUUGCACAGUAUUCGUAUAACACUCAGAUCGAGGUCACAACUCGUGAUCUCAAAACAACACGCCAAGAGCCGAAGGAGGGCUUUUCUGAAUUUGUGAUAAGGUGGAGAGCUAAGGCCUCAAUGAUGACCACAAGGUCUUCUGAGAAUGAUCAGAUUAGGAUGGUUGUCCGGAAUUUGCACGGCAAGUUACUACAAAAGAUGUUCGUCUUACCUCUAUUCACAUUUACAGAACUCCAUGAGAUGGGGGUGCAAAUCGAAAACGCCAUGAAACAGGGGCUAAUUACAGAUGAGAAGGAGCCAGCAAAAAGGCCGUUUGUUCGCAGUUCCAAUGCUGCCGGGGGUAGCACAACUGCAAGGCCGUUAGAUGUAAGCAUUGUCACCACAACCAAGACUAUCGACCCCUUUGCCAACACAAGCUCACAAACACCCUCGAAUCCUAACCGAUCCCAUAGGACCUUCAAUCAAUUGUAUAUGACCCUAUCUCAAGCCAUGAAAGUGCUAGUCAAGAAAGGGCACCUCAAACCAUUAGAACCCCGCCCAUUACUUGAUCCUCUUCCAUCCAAAUACAACCCCACAAAAUACUGCGCGUUUCACUAA